ACGUCACCGGAGAUAUCAAUUAUAGCGAGUGGGCGUGGCUCCUGUCAUUGGCGACGGAAAGGAGCCCAAAAGCCGGACACAAGUCAAAAGCAUGUCACACGCCAGCCGAUCCCGACGCAAGCGGCAGCGACCACAUGGGGGACAAAGAGGCCACCAGAGUCUUCAAGAAGAGCAGCCCCAAUGGCAAGCUCAGCGUUUAUCUGGGCAAGCGUGACUUCGUCGACCAUUUGGAUCACGUGGAUGCUGUGGACGGAGUUGUCCUGGUGGAUCCCGAAUACCUGCAAGAUCGCAAAGUGUUCGUGAGCCUGGCGUGCGUGUUUCGCUACGGUCGGGAGGACGUGGAUGUCCUCGGGCUGUCCUUCCGGAAGGAUCUCUACGUCAGCACUUUCCAGGCCUUCCCUCGCGUUCUCGAUCAGAAGCCGUUAAGUUCCCUCCAGGAGAAGCUGCUGCGCAAGCUGGGCCAAGACGCGCACCCCUUUUGCUUCAGCGUCCCACAGAACCUGCCCUGCUCGGUCACCCUUCAGCCCGGACCCGAGGACACGGGCAAAGCGUGCGGCGUGGAUUUCGAGCUGCAGGCAUACUGCGCCAGGACGGCCGGCGAGAGGAUUCAUCAGAGGAACUCUGUGCAUCUAGUGAUCCGGAAGGUGCAGUACGCCCCGGAGAAGAAAGGCCCGCAGCCCACUGCGGAGAGCAGCCGAAGCUUCCUGAUGUCUGAGAGGCCGCUGCACCUCGAGGCGUCGCUGGACAAGGAGCUGUACUACCACGGCGAACCCAUCAGCGUGAACGUGCACGUCACCAACAACUCCGGCAAGACGGUCAGGAAGGUGAAGAUCGCAGUGCGCCAGUAUGCCGACAUCUGCCUGUUCUCCAAGGCUCAGUACAAGUGUCCCGUGGCCCAGCUGGAGGCGGACGAGCAGGUCUGCGCCAGUUCCACCUUCUGCCAAGUGUACACGCUGACGCCCUGCAUGGGUGCCAAUCGCCAGAAGAGAGGCCUGGCGUUGGAUGGCAAACUCAAACACCAAGACACCAACCUGGCCUCCAGCACCAUAAUGAAGGAAGGUUGCGACAAGGAGAUGGUGGGCAUCGUCGUGUCUUACCGCGUCAAAGUCAAACUGGUGGUGUCUCGCGGCGGGGACAUGGCAGUGGAGCUUCCUUUUGUUCUGAUGCAUCCCAAACCCAGCGACCCGGAACCAGCCGCUGCACAAGCCGACGCCGCCAUGGGUGGCGACCUCGUCACUUUCGAUAGCGACUCUGCAUCUCAAGCCGACGAGCUGGUGUUCCAAGACUUCGGCCGCUUGCAUUUAGCGGGGGCAGAGGGUAGAGCCGAGGGGGACCCCCUGUGUUAGCUGCUACCAACGGUUAUCGGCGAAUCGCAGCAGUGAAAGCUGCCCCGGCCGCAAUAACAAUGUGUUUGUCUGUAUACAAAUAUCUUUAAUGACUGAGCAGAGAACAUUGAUGCAUUCCAAUCCUUCACCAGAUUCUCACACACUGGAGUCCAGAAGCAUUGACAGUCCAAUUGCUGUCUGGUUCAAAAGUUUGUCCAAAUAAAAGUGAAUCCAACAA